AUGCUAUCAUUUUUGUCUAAAAAGAUGCUCAAUUCAAUAAAGAACGUUCCAGACGCAUACAAAACAACCUCCGACGCCGUCACCGUCACAAAUUCCGUACUUUCGGCGUCCGCUAAAUUUGCCACUAAGACAGUGGCAGAAAACUUAGCAAAAUAUUGUGCAUUGGGAGCAGUUGUAAAAGAUUUGAUUCCAUUACUAGAACCAAAUGAACCCAGCGCAGAAAUGAAGAAAUUGAAGGAGCUGGAGAGCAAAUUGAAUGCACUUUCCACCAGAAUGGAACAAGGUUUCAAUGGAAUCAAAACAUUCGUGGCUGCUUAUAACUUCUAUAACAAGUUCGCCAGCAAGGCAGCCACUCUCAUGAGUUACAUGCGGCAGACCAUCUUGAAUCCAUCUCAUCAUACAAAGGGACUUUUCCAGAAAGCUGUUGUUGAUAACCCACCAUUGUGGUAUGCCAAGCAACUCAUCGAACAACUCAAUAAUUUGGAAACAAAUCCAUUGAAAUUGGCAAUGAAUGAGCUCUACUUUCCAAAAUACGAGACAUUCAACAAAUGGAAAGAAGCCAUCAAUGGUGUUUUGGCACAGUUUCUAAUCCUUGAAACCUAUUUGAAUGGAAUGUUUUGGGACAGCAAUAUGUAUGGUCCAAAUGAAUUGAAGGAUCAGCUAAACGAAUUGAGUGAGAAAAUGGGCAAAUGGUUUAAAGAAUACCAUGAAGUCAACAAUACUAAAUGGACUGGUAUUGAGAAGUACAUUCAUCAUGUACAGGACUCUUGCCAACAUAUUGGAAAUGCAGGCAAGCGCGAUGAGAUUGUGAAGGAGUUCGAUGAUAUGAUGACGAAUUGUGCGUUCACCGUCUUGGUUUAUAAUGAUUGUGGAGGAUACGAUAAUCACGCCUUCUUCGGGCACAAUGCUCUUUUUUCAUUCCGGCGGGGCGGUUGUAAUAUAGCCGUCUUUCGUGUCACCUGGAAACAUGGAUCGUGUGAUAUAUUGGACACCCUCCUCUACAAUGAAACCAUCCCACAUAAACGAAGCAACAGACCGUACAUUGAAGGAAUUUACCACCAGUUCAACAGCAGAACAUGGCCUGGACAUGUUGGAAUGAUCAGAGAAAAUCAAAAUGUGUAUUCUGGGGUUUCGCGCACAAAAAACGGUUUUGAACCAUUGCAUAAUAGAGGGAAGAUGGUGCACGAAAGACAUGCAUUCGGUUUUGACAUAUGCAGAGAUCGCAUCUUCUUUUUUGCCAUUCCCCACUAA